UUAAAUAUAGGAAGAUUCGUGUUAUCUUGCCAAAACUUGGUAGAUUUACAGUUUGAAAAAUGAUAGAAAUCAAGCUAGCGGUGAUUAGCUCUUAACGCUUUCGUUCCAACGAAAAAUUAAUAAAUCGUCGUUGAAAUCAAUGAAACGUUCUUCCUUUGUUUACGCAAAGACAAAUGCUCAAAUAUUAAUAGCGGCAGUGGUAAAUAAAGAAUCUGUGUAAACAGCAAUUUCAAGAAGGACCAACUACGAUCAACGAAUUUCCAAUCCGCUGAUAACUCGAUCCCGUUACCCGUCAAAUUGUGCAAUGUGCUUUAUCGUUGGUACAAUAUGAGAAAAAGGAUUGUGCUCGAAAAACCCAGUGGAACAAUGAACACCGAUUGUGAUCCGUGUUACGAGGAUCCAUCGUGGUUCGUAGUGGAAUAGCUUCUUAAAAUGCCACAGUACGACGACAGCUUCCUCGACUCGCCGAUCUUCCGGCGACGCACACGUAGCUAUGCGGUGCAGAAGGGGUUCGUACCGAAGUCGAAGAGCUUCAUCACUGCCACGCCUCUGCUGUUGGCCGUGACCAAUCACGCCAAGACCCUUUCCGGUUCCAUAUCGACCUGCAGCUUGAAAGAAGUCGAGGAACGCUCCAGCGGGAAGGCGCGUGGUGGUAAACUAGCGCGUCGUGCGCGCUCCUUCAAGGAGGACUUCCUGGAGAAGCUCUCCCACAUGCGCUCUCCUGGUAGUGGAAGCGGAGGUGGAGGCAGCGGAGCGGCUACGAGGGCCGCCUCGCCCUCCUCGCCGCGAACACCGCGUGAUAAAAGCGCGCCCGGCUGCACCGAUGGCGCGACCACCCUCGACAAGAAUCCCCUCCGCGAUCUGCAUAUCCACGUGCGACAGGUGCAACUGGCACUGCUUCACUUCCGGGACGUUGUGUCAAAGAAAAAGCUCGAGAUGCUGCCCGGCAACGGCACCAUCGUCCUCGAUACUGUUACCACCAUACACACUGUGCUGAAGUCCUAUCUCCUCUACGAGAACAGCUCUACUCUGGGAUCAGCGACGAACCAAGUAUAUCAAGCUCUAGCACAAUUAUUAAAACUCUGUGACGACGUGUUGCUGCACGGUGACCAGUCCUCUGCGUUGGAUACCGAGAACGUUACACACAUCAUAGGAUUAGUCGAAGAAGCUGUGAAAAAUUUGGUUGCCCUGGCGAAUGAGAAGAUUGCCAAUAGACAGAAACCUGUCGUCGUUACAGCUAGUAAUAGAACGUCGUCUUAUGGAUCGGAAAUGACGCCGCAAAGAAAUUCUUUGCCUGAUAUUCCAUUAACGCCAAGGGAAAGGCAGAUUUUAGAGCAAACAGCUGCGACUACUAGUUUGGUCCGUAGCUCGCAUAGUUCAGAGUCGAUUUUAAGGGAUUCUAGUCCUCCCCCAAAACCGCCACUCCCCGAGAGAACUAAUAUGUGUCUGUCGGAAGAAAAUAGUUCUUCCGGUACACCGCCACCAUUGCCACCGAAACGGAGAACGAGAGGUCAACAAUUGCUCGAUGAAUCCGAAGGUUUUUUAGCAUCUAGUCUCGACGGUGUUUCCCUACGAAGUCGAUCUCCGGAGGAUUCGUCGUCUCUUCUGAGCGCGUCGGCUGGCAGUUUGGAUUCGGCCUUGAAUCAUUCCCGUGACGAAGACGAGAUACGGGCGAUCAUGGGACCAAACGACGAGUCUCUGAACGAUAGUAUGGAUCUCAGCCUGAUGGCUACUAUCCAAGGUAUGCAAGUUAAUGGUAGUUCAAACUGUAGUUGCUGGGACGGUUCCGAAACAAACAUACCAAGCACAAUGUUAUUGGGUCAACAAACUCCGCAAGAAAUGCUUAAUCCAUUUACCGGUAUUGAAGGAAAAAUGGAACGAUUAUCGACUCAAACGCAGGAAUCCGGUUUCGUAUCCAUGCAUUCGCAACGAAGUUCGUCUCAAAGUUAUACCACCUCCAGUAUAACGUCCAAAAGAUCUUCUCAGCAAAGCAGUAUUAGUUACAAUUCCCAAACGUUUAAUUCGCAACAAUCGUUUUCCCAAACAAAACUGUCUUCGGAUAAUAACGGGUCUAUUUUCACUCAGAAGACAAUGACUAGUACGAAGAGUACCGUUAGUACAACAAAUAUUUCCGGAACUGGAGAUCCUGCUGUAUUAGAAAAAUUGGUAAAUGAAAUGGAGUCGAUUUCUGCAUCGGACGCUAAUGGUGUGCCGCCAGCAUUGCCGGAAAAGCGAUCGAAACGGAGGAAAGAACGUCAACCGUCACAGUACGACAAUGUACCUGAAAAUGAGCAUUUAUCAACCUGUAGUCUACAUACCAAUAACGGCGAUAAUACAGAUACCAAUAAACCCCCUCCACUGCCGCUUAAGAAAAGGCAUAUGUUCCAAUCAGUGGCAUAUUCUGUUAUGGCAUACAUGGAGAUGUUUGGGAAUUGUUCUCACAGUAACAACGAUUUCAUCUCUGGUCUUGGGACCCGUCAUUCAGUGGCAGCUUAUAAUUCGAUGCAAGCGGAAUGGCAACAACACGAAAUGGCUCUUACUACGACACAAUCGUGUUCUUUCAUGGCACAUACUAUAACUACAUUACAUGAUAAUUCAAAUACCUCCAUAACUAUGACACCAUCAGUAACGGAAGUAACGAAUAAUUCUAGUCUCCCACCAGCAUUACCACCAAAGAGAUCCCGUUCCAUUAAAUCAAAUACAACGCCACCGCCAAUUUCGCCAAAACCCACCAUUAGUAUGCAAAGCAUACAUACAAUCGAACCAAUCGUAACGUCAACGCCAAUGAAAGUAGAGGAAUCUGGUUGUAUUCAUGAUAAAAAGGAGUUAUCACCAUUGUCUCCAGCGAAGUUGAAUAACGUUGCUUUGGACACUAUAUUACCGUCCUCAAGACCCGCGAGUAAUGCCUUAUCGUCGAUUUCCGUCGAUGAUAAUAACUUGGACUUGAGAGACGUCGAUCAAGACGAUACUAUUUUGGAUGAACUCGAUAUCAGCAAGUAUUUAGUCUUCAAGAAACCAGACGAAGAAGGGCCAGAUAUAAGGGGUGGCCACCCGGAUGCAUUGUUAAUUCAUGCAACCAAAGCUAAUAAACAUGACUUUUUGUAUCAAGAGGCGUUUCUAACAACAUAUAGAACAUUUAUGCAACCAUUGGAAUUAAUUCAAAAAUUACACAAGCGUCAUCAACGAUUCUCUUGUUCUGCUGACGUUAUUAAACAAAGAGCAGCACGUGAAGCAUUUUCCUUGUUGGUUAGAGUUGUCAGCGAUUUAACCAUGUCAGAUCUCGAUGAUACCCUGUUGCAAACUCUAAUGGAAUUCGUACAGCAAUUGGUAUGUAGCGGUGAUCUUACUAUGGCAAAAGCUUUGCGUGUUAAAAUUUUGGAAAAACACGCAGCGAAACAGUUGCAAUCUACACAACCGAUUCUUUCUUCGUUGAGUGUAACAACAAAGCAAGCUUCCCUUCUCGAUUUCAAGAGUGAACAAAUUGCAGAACAAAUGACAUUGUUAGAUGCUGAUUUAUUCAUGAAGAUUGAGAUUCCGGAAGUACUAAUUUGGGCUCAAGAACAGAAUGAAGAACGAAGUCCGAAUCUAACUAGGUUCACAGAACACUUUAACAAAAUGUCGUAUUGGGCUAGAUCGAGAAUACUGGAACAUAGAUUAGAGAAUGAAGCGAAAGAUAGAGAGAAAUACGUUGUUAAAUUUAUCAAGAUAAUGAAGCACCUUAGAAAAAUAAAUAAUUUUAAUAGCUACUUAGCCUUGCUUUCUGCGUUGGAUAGCGCGCCAAUUAGAAGGCUCGAAUGGCAGAAACAUAUUACAGAAGGUUUAAAAGAAUAUUGCGCUCUUAUUGAUAGUUCCAGUAGUUUCAGAGCUUAUAGGCAAGCUCUGGCAGAAACACAACCGCCAUGCAUUCCGUACAUCGGACUUGUGUUACAAGAUCUUACAUUCGUGCAUAUUGGAAACAAUGAUUUGUUACCGGAUGGUACGAUAAAUUUUUCGAAAAGAUGGCAACAGUUUAAUAUCGUUGAGAAUAUGAAAAGGUUCAAAAAAGGAACAUAUUCGUUCAAGAAACACGAACGUAUAAUAACGUUCUUCAAUAAUUUUAGCGAUUUCCUCUGUGAGGAAGCAAUGUGGCAGAUUUCCGAGAGUAUCAAGCCGCGCGGUGGAAAAAAAACACAGUCACAGAACUAGAAUAUAUCAAACCCUUUCACCGCCUGCGUCUCAAAAUCGAAAGGCUGAAUCAGUAAAUUAGAUUAUCUGUAGUUGUGAUGUUUAGGUAAAUUUACCUAAUUACGAGCCGAAUAAAAAUGAUAGGCUUUAAGGGCGGUGAAAGGGUUAGCUAUGUCUGUCCCGCUUCAACAACCUCUGUGAGGUUGUAUCUCAUUUUAUGGAAUAUUCAGUCUCUAUUGAAAAGUAAAACAGAAAAAGGAAUGCGAAUAGUCAGUCAUUUAGAUCGAAUUGAGAUUUGAUGCGUGCGUGUGCGCGCGCGUGCGCGCGCGCGUGUAUGUGUGUUUUUGUUUUGUUUAAAAAUAUAAAUUGCGUGCACGGAUAUCGAUUGAAUCGAAAUACGUAUAGAGAGACUUUAAUGAAUUGGCUAGAUCAAUCAUGUCUCAAUGUAUUUUUGCAAUUUUUUCCUUUUUGCUAUAAGGUUAGUAAGGGAGAAAAUCAUGUUUACUAUGGAUCUAUGCAAUGUAUACUUAAACGAUACACAGCUGUAAUGAUGCUUAACAUGGCAUGAUAGAAAGAGCAACCUCCUCUCUCUAUCUCUCUCUCCCUCUCUCCCCCUCCCGCCACUCCACCCCCAACCUAACCCCUCACCACUCUCCCGCACACACGCAUGCACUAGCUCUUCUAUAGAAAUAUAUAUAUAAUUCUAUAGAAUUAUAUGUAUAUAUAUAUAUAAAAGCUAUUUAUUUAUUUGCUUUAUAUCGGCGAAUAGCGAUAUGUAAAAAAUAGUAAAUGUCAUACAUUUCUUUUUAAACUUAUUUAGAUAUAUAUGUAAACGUCCAUCAUAUAGAUCUGUUAUAGAUAGGCAAACUUAUCAAGCGUCAACAGAGAUACAUUUGUUGACUUCGCAAGGAAAAAACACCAAUUAUGUUUAUUAAUGUAAAACAAUUAUAGUCUCAGAUCAGUGCAAUAAUGAUGCGCUUUUCCGAACACGUGGCACGACUGAGCGUAACUGUUACAUAUACUAUUGUAUAUGAUUCUAGGAAACAUUUUUUGUUGGAAACUCGUUAAUAGGUAUCCAAGAUUUCAGCUUUAAGACAAAUGGUUAUCUAAAAGUGCGUAGGUAAAUUAAGUGUAAAAAAAAAGCUCACGAUUAGACGAAUUGGAUUGAUAUAUCAUUCGCAUUGCCCUUGUACCUUCGCCGAUAAUUCUAAAUAUCUUUGAUAUCUUUUAUUAUCAGAUUCCAUUAGUUUCUCUGCGUUUAAAUUUUCCAGCAUUGCUAACGAGAGUUUCCCUCAGGAUACAUUCCGAUGGAGUAAAAGAAAAUUAUUCAAUCAAUUUUAUCAAGAUAGAAGAAACAUACUACUGGGUCCUACAAUUUUCUUAUUCUUUGUUAAACGCGUCGAAUUUUAACGCGUGCAUCGAGUUUAUUUGAUUUCUUAAGAUAAAUGAUACCACUAUAAUGAUUUAUGGCUGUCUGCGUGCCUCAUAUUAUAGAGUGAAUGAAUUACGUCUAUUAACGUUUCUCCGGUCUCGCGUUUAAUAAUAUAAAUAUCUUGUAUGCAUAAUUCAUGAACAAAACUAUAAUAAUCGGGCUUAAAAGAUAUGAAAAAGAAAAAAAAAAAAAAAAGGAGAGAUGUCACCAGUACGUUAACGCGAUAUACGUACGAUGGUACUGAUCGUACACUUUUAUCCACGUUAAAAAGAGGGCCUAAGCAAUUGAUGAGUAGCAUCGGUUUAUAAACACACAUAUGCGGUUAAUUAAAAUUUACCGAUAUAAAACACCGAGGAAGUAAAAGAUAAACAAGCCAUAAUUUAGUCUCAAGGUCUAGUUAGAGGUUAACUAUUGUAUACAUACAUAUAUAAAUUUGAUAAACGGUUGUCAAUUUCUAAACGUGCAUCAAGCGCACACGUACACGUACACGUACACGCA